UGUACAGAAGCAACAUGGGCAAGCUACUUAUCUGCGUUGGACUGGCUCUCCUGCUGCAUGUGCAGCUAGGAUCAUCCUACAUCCUUUCCUGUUAUUUCACUAACUGGGGACAGUACCGUCCUGGAGCAGGUAAGUAUUUCCCUACCAACAUCGACCCAUGUCUCUGUGACCACCUCGUCUAUGCCUUCGCUGGAAUGGACAGCAACAUGAUCAAGACCUACGAGUGGGACGAUGAGAAACUCUACGGACAGUUCCAGGCCCUGAAGAACCAGAACAGCAACCUGAAGACACUGCUGGCCAUCGGAGGAUGGAACUUUGGUACUCAGAAAUUCACAGCUAUGGUUUCCACUGCUGCCAAUCGUCAGACCUUCAUCACCAGCGUGAUCCAGUUCCUGCGUCAGUACCAGUUUGAUGGUUUGGAUAUUGACUGGGAGUACCCUGGCUCUCGUGGCUCCCCGGCUCAGGACAAGCAGCUCUUCACCGUACUGGUCCAGGAGCUGCUCAGCGCCUUUGAGGCUGAGGGCAAGAAGACCAACCGUCCCCGUCUGAUGUUGACUGCUGCUGUUGCCGCUGGAAAGCCAACAAUCGACUCUGGAUACCAGAUUGCCCAGAUUGGAUCGGUGCUGGACUACUUCCACGUCAUGACCUACGACUUCCACGGUUCUUGGGAGCACAAUGUUGGAGAGAACAGCCCUCUGUACAAGGGCCGCUCUGACCAGGGAUCCAUGAUCUACUUCAAUGUGGACUAUGCUAUGAACUACUGGAAGAGCAAUGGUGCCCCAGCUGAGAAGCUGCUGGUUGGUUUCGCCACCUACGGCCACACCUUCCUCCUGGCUUCCUCUAACACGGCUGUGGGAGCUCCUGCCAGUGGACCCGGAGCUGCUGGACCCUUCACUCGUCAGGCUGGUUUCUGGGCCUACUAUGAGAUCUGCACUUUCCUGAAGCAAGGAGCCACUCAGGCUUGGGACAGCGUCCAGGAUGUGCCUUAUGCCUACAACCAGGGAACUUGGGUUGGAUAUGACAAUGUUAAGAGUUUCCAGGCUAAGAUUCAAUGGUUGAAGCAGAGCGGCUAUGGUGGCGCCAUGGUGUGGAGUUUGGAUCUGGACGACUUCACUGGCACUUUCUGCGGCCAGGGAAAAUACCCCCUGAUCAACACCAUCAAGAGCGCACUGGGAACUGGACCUUCCUGCACUUCUAGCACUGGCCCCAUUGCUCCGGUUGCACCAACCCAGCAGCCUGCUCCUCAGCCUGGCGGUGGCGGCAGCAGCAGUGGUGGCAGCAGCAGUGGUGGCAGCAGCAGCAGUGGCAGCAGCACUGGAUUUUGCGCUGGAAAGACUAACGGACUCUACCCUGACCCAACCAACAAGAACCACUUCUAUGAGUGCAGCAAGGGACAAACCUACUCCCAGCACUGUGCUACCAGCCUGGUCUUCGAUAACAGCUGCAAGUGCUGCAACUGGGCUUAAACUACCCAUGUUUGAACUUCAAACUGGUUGUUCUAGUGGCUGGGUCAACUAUCCUGUAACAUAAGACCACCCACAUGAGUUCCAGUCACUGAUGUAACCAAAAUAAAAAUCACAUUUAAAGCAACUUUA